AAGAUGGUGCCUUACACACCUCUGCGAUAUUCUAUAUAUAUCCUUUGUAUAAAGGUGUUAUUCGUGGCGUGUAAAACGAAUAAUUCAAGUGUAAUUAUAGAUUAUGUCACAUCGUUAAGUAACAAACAGCAAUUGUUGAAUCAAAAUGGGAAACUAUUACUUAAUACCUAUGAAUACAUCGAAGAAUUGCAGGCGAAGAUCGAGACAUUGCGAAAGAUUGGCAAGCACUUACAUCAACCACAACUGGCAGCCAAAGGUCGAGAAGAGGAAUUCCUAUCCAAUCCGAUGAAUAGUUUGUCGCUUAUAAGACAAAUGCAUGCAGAUUGGACUCAUGUGGAGAAGUUGAUGGAACAACCAGUUGGUCAAAAACAAAUGGAUUAUAUUCGGCGAAUGAAUGAGCGAAGACCUCGACUGGAAAAUGUUGAGGAAGCCAUGGUUGCAAUGCAUCGCUUAAAGGAAAGUUAUUGGUUGAAUGCUAGUGAUAUUGCCGAGGGAUUGAUUGACGAACUACAAACUGAUGGAAAACUUUCACCACUUGAAUGCUAUGAAAUGGGAUUGCUCUAUUUUAAUGGAUCACUUUACCACAAAGCAAUCGAAUGGUUAGAGACAGCCAAAGAGUUAAUGGAUAAAGCUCCAUCUGAUGUCUACGCUUUCUUGGGUCUAGCUCGUAGCAACAUUUCGCAUCUUUUAGCUAGAUCACACACAGCUUUAGGCAACUUGCAGCCUGCUCGCCUUGUACUUCAGGCGGAGCCAGAAUUUAGCUCGCAAGUUGAGGAGUUGGUGGCAUAUUUUCAGGAAAACAAACCAAAAGGAGUGAAAAAUGAACAACUCAUUAGAUUUCAUGACACGAAUGCUUAUCUCUGUAGCUCUCUUUAUAAACCAAAACCCACGCGGCUUUUGUGCUCCUACAAAACAUCGCCAUCGCCUUUUCUUCGACUGGCGCCUUUUCGAAUGGAACAGAUCUGGGAGGAUCCCGAGAUAUUCGUGUUUCACAAUAUGGUUUCAAGCUCAGAAAUUGCGACGUUGCAGCGAAUAAUGGAAAAAGUGAUGCAUACUAAAAUCGAUGAUCUUGAAGACUUACGAUAUUAUCAGUUUCAUCGCACAGUGCGUCAAUUUUGGAUGCCCAAUCCAGAUCUUCCACAGAAAGAAAAUUUGCUUGUGAGACGCAUACGACAGCGAUUUUCCGAUUUGUCAGAUUUCUACAUUAGCGAUGCAUAUCUGGCGAAUAUGCUGAGGUAUGGCUAUGGCGGCCAUUAUGAAGGUCACAAUGAUUUCUUGAAUGAUACCAUACCGAACAUCGACGAUCGCAUUGCCACCAUAGUGUUGUAUCUGAAUGAUAUGCCAAGUGGUGGUGGAACAAUGUUUCCUACGCACCAGUUGACGGUGCAGCCAGAGGCUGGAAAGGCUUUGCUUUGGUACAACCUAAAGCUGGACACCUUUGACUUUGAGACGCGUAACUUGCACGCUGCCUGUCCUGUGAAAAUAGGCACUAAAUGGGCUAUGACGCAAUGGAUACACGAGGACGAUCAGAUGUUUACUAAUCCUUGCUUGAAGCCUUCAAAAAACCGCAAAUAUUAGGAAAGUUAUAAACUUAAAUAAAAAAUACCCUGUCAAAAAAGAAAAAAGUAUG